AUGACUGAAUUUUUUCAAAAAUUUCUUUUCAACAGGCGUUAUCUUGAAAACGAAAAUCAAUGGAAAUAUAAUUUAUGUAAAUGUUCAGAAAAAAAUACAAACGCAGAAUCCCAACCAAAUUUGGUAAAAUGUAAAAAAUGUAGACUUGAAAAAUGUCUUUCUGUUGGAAUGAAAAAAUUGGGUUUGUCAAAAUAAGUGUAAAAAACUGUCUC